UUGACAGCAAACAAGUCACCGAAUACCAGCAGUCACGCAUACCCAAGACAACUCGCAGCGCUACAAAAUGGGGCGUCAAAACAUGGAAUGAGUGGAAAGAGCAACGUAAUGUUAAAGUUGAGUAUGAUAAAUCUGACGAAGAAGUGUAUCAUUUGGUUCCGUCUCUGGAUGAAAAUUUAGUCCAGAAGGAAUUUGAUUUCUGGCUAUGUACAUUUGCCAUUGAAAGUCGGAUACAAGAUGGCCAACAGCAUCCGCCAGACUCAUUAAGACAAAUGUUCUGUGCCAUUUACCGCUAUCUGCGCGAUGAUUGUAACCGCCCUAACCUAAAUUUUAUGGACCAGGGCAACCACGACUUCUUAGGUUUCAGAAAUACGCUGGAUGGUGUCAUGAAGACACUCUCACUCUGGUAUUGGUAUCCGAAAAAAAAACAAGCCGAGCCAUUUUCGCUAAAUGAUGAAGAAAAGCUAUGGGCACACGCGUUUGGUACAAAUAUCGCAUUAGGCAUGAGUUAUGCAACCUACUUUUACAUGUGUAAAAUAUUUGGACUACGUGCCGCUGAUGAACAUUCAACACUAACGGUAGACCAACUCACCAUGCACAGCGACGAUAUGGGGGAGUAA